CGACUUUGGCCCCGCGAGCUUACGGCCAGCCCUUAACCGAAGUCAUAAUAGACGAACAUCGUGUGAACCGUUUGAAUAAAACCAUGUAAGAAAAUGAGGGCUGGCAGGUCAACAGUGCUAACAGCUCCACUUUUGUACAAUAGCAGUUGCUGGCAUCCGCGUAUCUACACCAACGGUCUAUUAUUUCGCAUAACCGUAUCGGGUAUUACAGAGAGUGCAUUCGUCUCGUUGCUCACAGUGGCCAUACUCGUCGCUAAUCUUAUGGUAAUAGUCACGAUCAACAGCGAAAGAUAUACGAAGUUUAUACACCCACAGCCUCGGUACUUGGUGACAUCGCUCGCUUGCAAUGACUUGGCCAUUGGACUGCUAGUUACACCAUUAGCUGCUUUUUCGGCUCUAGUCCAUUGUUGGCCAUACUCGGAAAUCGUAUGUCAAAUUCAAGCUCUUUUAAGGGCAGCAUUGCCGCAACAGAAUGCUAUGAUAUUAGUGUUCAUGGCAGUCGACAGAUACACGUGUAUGUUGCACCCAGAUAAAUAUCACAAACAUUCGAGUAAAAAGGGCUGCAUGUUGGUGUUGAGUUUGACUCUAGUGGGUUCGUUAACCGCUUUCGGUGCGGCUGUGAUCCGCCGAGGUGGAUAUUUCUAUAACGGCAAUGGACUAAUGGCGUGCGAGCCAUUUUACCAAAGGCCGAGUUUGCGAAUAUUGGCCGCUUGCCUGUUUUACUUCCCCACGACAAUGGCACUCAUGUAUUUCUACGGGUCGGCAUUACACGUGGACAGGCUCCGGCACAGGCAACAAAUCAACAUAUGCGCCGUUCUAGUGCAACCGAUGUUGCCUAAUAAUGCUGGAAAGACCACUCUCGAUGAAGCAUCCGAUCGAUUAGCAUCGAAAGAACUGAGACAAAGCAUUCGAACUACCAGGGCCAUGGGAGCAGUAGCAUUAGGUUUUAUAGUAGCCGUAACUCCUUGGACAAUUCAAGAAGUCGUUACUGCGUGUACAGGCACUAAAAUGCCACCGGCUGUAGAUUUCAUAAUCACUUGGAUAGCACUAAGCAAUAGCUUUUGGAAUCCGUUCAUAUACUGGGCUUUGAACCGAAAGUUUAGACGUAUCAGCCGCAGCAUUAUCAAAACCAAAAUUUUUCGCCGUAAAAAAUAUAACUCUAGCGUGAUAUCGUCGUCUUGCAAUGUUGGACAUCAGGAAAGUUGUUGCGCCAAUAGAGACAUGUGUUUUGCGGCCCUCCAGAAAGACAACGAGGAUAUUAUUGAGGUGGACAGGCAAUCAUUAGGAUCUCAAGACAGAGGAGGGUUUCCCCCAACUCCACCCCCGCCGCCACCUUAUCACAGAGGAGACAUACAACAUUGUCAUUCAAGGAGAUACUGAAUAAGUUGUAAUAUUAUAUUACUUAUUGUACUUAUUAAGUAAAGUUGAUCAAUCAAAUAACUGUACAUAUAAUCAGUGUAUAGAAUUAUAGUUAGAGUGAUUUAAGAAUGGUCACUAUACAAUUAUUAUAUGAAUCAUAUAAUUAUUAUAAUAGGUAUCGAUCGGCAUGGCGGGUUACAAUAUAUCCCACAAUGCCGCUAGUAGUUAAGACUAGUUUAUUUAUGUAGAAAUUACAAAUAAACGUGUCGGCCGAACGAACAAUCUUUCGUUCGGCGAUUAUGUUAUACGAUUUUAUUUUUUACAUUAUAUUUUUUCUUAAAAUCAACGACUCCUCGGGCGACCAUGAAGAUAUUUCGGGCGGCGUUGACAAUGUUUGAGAAUCGGGGUGGGACGGGUCGCGGGCCACGGCUUUACGCUGGGAGCAGGCGGGGGUCCUUUUCCACGAAAAACUUUCAAAAAGAUAUUAAACAACAUAAUCGUUUAACAGAAAAAUCAAUAAUCUCAAGAAUUUAAAGUUGGUAAUAAUUAUUUACAUCGUCAAUUUAGCUUUAUUUAUGAUCUACUCACCUAGCCAGUAAUUUUAAUGCCAAUAAUAAUAUGCGAUAAAACAAUUUUGUGGUUAAACUAAACUGAUCGAGGGUGGCAGUAGUGGCUCCUAUACAACUAGCAGCAGGCAUACUAACGUCAUCCCGAAUCCGUGCGUUAGUCGUAGAUAAGUUAGUGUUAUGCAAUUGUAUAUAUAUAAUUUUAUAAUUUUUCCUAGUGUAUAAAAUAUGUCGUGUAAAAAACGUGGUUGAGAC